AUUUGGGCUCUAUUUCAGGAGAUCCCGCGGAAAUUUCACGCGCCUUCAGUGCAUUUUUGAACUAUUCUAAAGUACUGCACAGUGCGAAAUGUUGGGUGCAGCUCGUUCAGUUGGUCGGAGGCUGCCCUCCUGCAGAAAUGCUUCAGCUAAAAAAGUUUCCCGCUCCUUGGCUGCCAGGAAGGCUGACGAAGGGGUUCUUUCCGCCCUUCCGAAUUGUCAAUCAUGCGAUCAACAACGGGGGAAGUCGGAUAUUCCGAAAGGAGCUGUAAUAGGAAUCGAUCUCGGUACCACUAAUUCUUGCGUAGCCGUCAUGGAAGGUAAGACUGCCCGCGUCAUUGAGAACGCGGAAGGAUCCCGAACAACACCAUCGGUUGUGGCAUUCACUGGGGACGGAGAACGUCUGGUGGGAAUGCCAGCUCGUCGUCAAGCCGUUACGAAUGCCGCAAACACCCUUUCUGCGACCAAGCGAUUGAUAGGACGACGUUUUGAUGACUCUGAAGUCAAGAAAGACAUGUCCAUGUGUGCUUACAAAAUCGUUCGGGCAUCGAAUGGAGAUGCGUGGCUGGAGGCUCAAGGUAAAAUGUAUUCUCCGUCUCAAGUCGGAGCAUUCGUCCUAAUGAAAAUGAAAGAGACGGCCGAAAGCUACUUGGGGACUUCAGUCAAGAAUGCAGUUGUGACGGUUCCGGCGUACUUCAACGAUUCGCAACGCCAAGCCACCAAGGAUGCUGGUCAAAUAUCUGGAUUGAAUGUUCUCCGAGUCAUCAACGAACCGACGGCAGCUGCUCUUGCCUAUGGCAUGGAUAAGAGCGAAGACAAAGUUGUUGCCGUGUACGAUUUGGGUGGAGGUACUUUCGACAUCAGUAUCCUGGAAAUUCAGAAAGGUGUUUUCGAAGUCAAGUCGACCAAUGGAGAUACUUUCCUCGGAGGUGAAGAUUUCGACAAUGCCCUUGUUGAAUUCCUGGUUGGGGAGUUCAAGCGUGACCAAGGCAUUGACCUCAAGAAAGAUGCGAUGGCCCUUCAGCGCGUGAAAGAAGCAGCAGAGAAAGCUAAAAUGGAGCUUUCUUCUUCCAUGAUGACUGAUAUAAACCUUCCUUACUUGACCAUGGAUUCCUCUGGACCGAAGCACAUGAACUUGAAACUAUCGCGUUCCAAGAUGGAGAGUCUUGUCGAAUCGCUCAUCAAACGCACUGUUGAGCCGUGUAAAAAGGCCUUAAAGGAUGCCGAAACGCAAAAGUCUGAUAUUGGGGAUGUCAUUUUGGUUGGUGGUAUGACGAGGAUGCCGAAGGUCCAAGCGACGGUUCAGGAAAUUUUUGGUCGAGCACCCGGGAAAAGCGUGAAUCCUGAUGAAGCCGUCGCCAUUGGCGCCGCAAUCCAAGGUGGAGUUUUAGCCGGCGAUGUUACAGACGUCCUCUUACUCGACGUCACUCCGUUGUCCUUGGGUAUCGAGACGCUGGGUGGGGUCUUCACGAAGUUGAUCACACGAAACACGACGAUUCCAACGAAAAAGUCGCAGGUGUUCUCUACUGCUGCCGACGGACAGACACAGGUGGAGAUCAAAGUCAUGCAGGGCGAACGUGAAAUGGCUACCGACAACAAGUUGUUGGGACAGUUCUCGCUGGUCGGUAUUCCACCGGCGCCGAGAGGUGUGCCGCAGAUUGAGGUCACGUUUGACAUCGACGCGAACGGCAUUGUGCACGUUUCUGCCCGUGACAAGGGCACUGGCAAAGAGCAGCAAAUCGUGAUCAGAAGCAGCGGAGGUUUAAGCAAAGACGAAAUCGAGAACAUGGUCCGAAAUGCCGAAGCUCACGCUGAGGAAGAUAAGAGAAAGAAGGAAGUGAUUGAGGCGGUGAACUCUGCCGAAGGCAUCGUUCACGAUACCGAAUCAAAGAUGGAAGAAUUCAAGGCACAGUUGCCGACCGAUGAGGUGGACAAGUUGAAGGGUCAGAUCGCAACUCUCAGAGAAUUGCUCAGUCAGAAAGAUACUAUCAGUUCUGAGGAGAUCCGCAAGGGAACGAAUGAGCUGCAGCAAGCGUCGCUAAAAUUAUUCGAAAUGGCCUAUAAGAAGAUGGCAUCGGAGAGAGAAGGAAGUGGAGGAAGCUCCGGAAGCUCGGAUAGUCACAGCGACAAUACUGAGGAGAAGAAAAGCUCCGAUGCCGGGAAAAACUGAUGUUUUUUCGCAAGAGGAAAAGUGAAAAGAAAUUUCUUUAGCUGUCUUUCUUCUUCAUAAACAAGGAGGGAAGCAAACGGCGAUUGAACAAUUGAAGAUCCGGCAUUAAAUGGGUUUCCUGAAUUUAAUUCCGCUCUCCGGUUUCCCGCGUAGGAGCGCGAGUGAUUUUGUUAGUCGUAGCGAAAGAAAAAGGUGCGGUCUUGCGGUUGCCUCAUCUCGCUUUCCUGAAAUGAGGGUUUCAUUCUGCAUCCUUGGGAAGCGAGGUGAGGUAGACUGGACGAUGCAGCGUUGGUGGAGCAGUUUUCUCAAGUCUCCGUUUGUGCUUGCGCUGAUCCGUGUUUUUGUUUGUUCGGAAAGGCGGCGCUGGCCUCGUUUUUGCACGCUCGUUUCGUGCGGUUGCUUUCGCGGAAGGUUCGGGAAAUAAACGGGAUGGAAGCCUUUCA